AUGGAGCCCAUUUCCGUGUCCCUGGAUCCAGCCUCGGGGGCCUCCUCGAAGCUGGAGGACUUUUCGACGAUGGCAAAGAAGUACGGGCUGGAAGACCCGAACCCGAGCUCCAUCGAAAACUUGUUUCCCCUCCUCCUGGCAAAAGAGGACUGCGACCCGGAGUGUCUCACCUACCAACUGGCGAAAACCUAUGUGCCCUUUCUCGGUGCGAGCUCCUACGACAAAAUAUGCCAGGAGCCGGCCAGUCUGAAGAACGAGCUGCACUUCUUGCGGCACGAAAUGGAAAACUUGGCGAGUCAGGUAUUUGGUUUUGUGCGUGCAACUACAAUGUCUGGCUUUGAUGUUGUGCAGGGCGGGUGAUACAAGACAAAUUUUUUGAUGCGUGAUGCACGUACUGAGAUCAUGAUGCACAAAUGGAUGGGACUUUCCCAUUGGCUUUUACACAUGACAGAACGUCGGUUCGUUUCUGAGCAACACCACACUCGCAGCGUCUGUCAGCGACGAGGAAUUCCCGGAAAUAUUGCAGCGAUACCGCAGCAUCGCCAACCUGCCAACAAGCAUCAAGCAGCAAAUGGAAGCCUUUUACCACGACAUUGCCCCCUCGCUGAACAAUGAGCGGACGAAACUCACCAACGUUUUGACGAAGCUCACUACGAUUCAGGAACUCCUCGAAGUGCCGCAGCUGCUCGACGCCUGCAUUCGCGCCAACAUGUUUGACGAAACGCUAGAUCUCCUGUCUUUCUGUCAGCACUUGUUCCACUCCGCUUUCAUGAAGAACCGGAUUGGAGUGUCUUCAUCAGGAGCUGCUAUUGCUUCCAACGCCUCCCUUGGAGAUAACGUGUCUUCUUCACUUACAGCGGGAGCAGCAUCGAGCGCAGCAGAAUCGAAAAGCUCUCCAAAUCACUCCGCGCUCCUCGAGCUGCUCGAAGCGCAAGUCGCCCGGCAGCGAACGCAUUUUGAGGAGUCUCUGCUCAAUCAGCUUGCCGCGGAUAUACACCUACCCGCGUGCGUGCGCGUCAUCGGGUACUUGAGGAGGUUGGGCAGCUACAACGAGGCCGAGAUUCGGACACUAUUCCUGGAACAGCGGGCGGCGUUCAUUGACAAGCACAAGAAGCAGAUCGAGAAAAACCUGGCGAAUGUGAACCCCGUGGGGUGUUUGCGAGCCGCAACCGACCUAAUGCGGACCUACGUACGGUUCUUAGUGUUGGAAAAUCAUGUUCUACCACGUGUCUCGUUGUUGAUAAUUUUGUUUUGCUUCGCCUGAACGAUUUUGCGGCGCCGAAGUUGCAGUCUAUUGAUCAUGGGUUACUAUGAAAAUACUCAGGUUUUCGACAUUGGAAUGCACUACAAGGCGCUUUUUUUCCAGUCUGUCAGCGGGCAAGACAGGGUAUGAAAUGGAGACAAGCCAUCUUUGGUUGUGAUGCGUAGCGCGCACGUUCUUGCGUGGCCUGGCACGAAACAUCAUCAUUCGAUAAAUGAUACUAGACCUAUCCUGACUGUGAUUGUACUUCUGAUACAAGUCUGCUCUAUCGUCUUCUCGCGUUUCAUUCAUAGCAACGUGUCAGGAGAAGGAGCGAUCCACUGAUAACGCUGCUCAUGAAUCGCAUCACAACCUCGAAGAUUUCUUUCCAAUUGCAUACUCCCGGCAAACCGAAGUUGUUUUUUCCAACUGGUUGCAGCUUCAACUCCGUUGGUUUUUUGACCUACUUCAGUCCCAACUUGCCUGCAGUGCUGGUAGUACAACGAUGCAGCAGAACAGGCAGCUCACCUCCGUAGUACCGACUCAAAUCUACAAUGACUCCGCGCUCCAGGACCUGGACGCCGCGGGUAUUGCGACCAUUCAGAAGUGCGUGCAGCACUGCUCAAACACGAUGAAGCUGCUUCACUGCCAAUUUUUCCCGGCCGUGCAGCUCUUGUUCGUGAAAAGGUUGCUGUUUCUCGUGACCACGAGGCUGGAUGCUGCUCUGGAGAAUUUCCAGACCGGCUUGCGCAACUUUGACUUUCUCGUCGGCUCCGCGGGCACAAGUACAACUUCAACCGGAUCGUCCGCUUUCGGGGUCAGUUCCGCGCAGCAGUCCUCGACCAGCAGUCAGUUUAUGAUCGAGAACGCGCACAAGUUGAUGCAGCACCGGCCGUUGGCGGUGUUGACCAACGAUUUUAUCAACCUGUUCAACGAACUCCGGCAGUGCGCGAUCUUUGAGGCGAAGGGGCCGAUAAUCCAGCAACUCGGGCUCACGGUCGAGGGGGUGAUGAAUGUACUGCGAAAUUACCAGCAGGAGUUCCUGAGCGGCCACUUGCAGUACGGGAUAACAAGCGGCGGUCCGGGCGGUGUGUCGGAGGAGUUCGGGAGAUUCGUGCAAAAUUUUCAGCAGCUGUUCGUCCCGUUGGUCAACGCGCAUCUGAAAGCCAUUUACGGCAAUGUAGCGGGAGGUGCGAACUUUUCAGCGGCAAGCUGCACCUUGGAUGAAGAGGCAAUCGGGAAAAAGCUGCAGUAUCUGCAGCUGGUGCCCGCAGGCGGGAGUGCGGGCGGGUGAGUGGUGAUGUUGUAUCCCAAUCAUUCCCCUGUUGCUACUGAGUACAACUUACACUGCGCCAUAAAGAGCAUGGUACUAUUCCGUACUUAUUCAUCGCGCGUUCGCAUCGUACUUCAACGAAUGAAAC